CUUUUCCAACCCUACCAUGAACAAAAAUCAAAUCCCUGUAGUUAUUAGUCCUUGUUCAGAAUUUCCCACACCUAAUAAUCCUCUACUACACUUUAACAAUGCUAAUUGCAUGGAGCAGUUACUCAUUCACUGUGCCAAUGCAAUAGAAAGCAACAAUGCAACACUAGCACAACAAAUCCUUUGGGUCCUUAACAACACAACACCCUCGGACGACGACUCUAAUCAACGCCUAGCAGGAAGCUUCAUUCGAGCUCUUACAACGCGCGCAACAAGAUCCUGUAGUUGCAAUAUUCCAGAAGCAGUUACACGAACUGCAAAUAGUUAUAACUAUCAUCACAAUCUCGCCAUACAAACACACAAGUUUUCAGUCAUCGAGUUGGCAAAUUUUAUCGAUUUAACGCCUUGGCAUCGUUUUGGUUACACAGCAGCUAAUUCUGCAAUUCUAGAAGCUACUAAAGGAUUUACAGUUAUUCACAUUGUCAAUUUGAGUUUAACACAUUGCAUGCAGAUUCCUACACUAAUCGACGCCAUUGCAAAUCAUCACGAGGUUCCUCCUUUAAUCAAGCUAACAGUUGCAGUUAAUAACUGUAGGAAUAAGAAUAUUAAUCAUAUUCCAAUUCCACCAAUGCUUGAUCUUUCUUACGAUGAAUUAGGUUCAAAAUUGGUUAAUUUUGCUAAAACAAGAAACGUGAUUAUGGAAUUCAAAGCUGUUUCUUCAACUUAUUCAGAUGGAUUCGCUUCAUUGAUUGAACACCUACGAGUGCAAGUGCAACAUUAUAAUAAAUCUCAUGAAGCAUUGGUUAUAAACUGUCACAUGAUGCUUCAUUAUAUUCCUGACGAAACUCUAUUUACAAUAAAUGAUACAAAUUCAAAUAUGAAUUUGAAUUUGAACUCUUGCUCAUCGUUGCGCUCGUUGUUUCUAGAAGCAGUACGGAGUUUAGAUCCAACAAUUGUCGUGGUGGUGGAUGAAGAUGCGGAUUUAACAUCAAGUAGUUUGGUUAGUAGACUAAAAUCCGCGUUUAAUUAUUUUUGGAUACCGUUUGACACGGUGGACACAUUUUUACCACGAGGGAGUAAACAAAGGCAGUGGUGCGAAGCUGAAAUUUGUUGGAAGGUUGAGAAUGUGAUAGCAUAUGAAGGGAUUCAAAGAGUCGAGAGAGUCGAGUCUAAAACCAAGUGGGAGAAACGAAUGAGAAAUGCACGUUUUCAAGGGGUUUGUUUCAGUGAGGAUUCGGUUUUGGAGGUUAAGGCCAUGCUUGAUGAGCAUGCAGUUGGAUGGGGAUUGAAGAAAGAAGACGAGUUUCUUGUGCUUACUUGGAAAGGGCAUAAUGUUAUAUUUGCUUCUGCUUGGUUACCUUCUUGA